CAUAGUAGUAAACACUAAACCCAUAACAGUUUCCCACCCCUUAUAAAUUGAUCCUAGAAUGUCAAGCAACCAACCAAAACCCACCCUCAUAACCCCCCAAAAAACCCUAAUCUAUUCCUUAAUUCUUCACAUAAUGGAAAGAUUGUAUGAAUUAGCAAAGACAAAAGCAGCAGUAAUAUUCAGUAAGAGCACAGAUUGUAUGUGUCAUAGUAUUGAGACACUUUUUUAUGAAAUGGGUGCAAGCCCAGCAGUGUAUGAGUUGGAUAAGGAUCCCAAAGGAAAUGAAAUGGAAUGGGCCUUAAAAAAUUUGGGAUGUUACCCAACUGUUCCUGCUGUUUUUAUUGGUGGGACAUAUGUGGGCUCAGUUGCUGAUGUUUUUGCUGCUCAUCUUAAUGGUUCUCUUAAAGAUAGGCUCAUUCAGGCCAAAGCUAUCUGGCUUUAGCAAUUAGUAUUUAGUACCCUCCAUUAAUGAAGAAUAAAGGCAUAGAAUGUGUAGUAUUAUUUAUGGUCUAGUGUCAUGCUUUUCUUAUUUACAACUAUAGGGAAUUUAUGUACAGUUUUAUUAAUACAUGUACUCAUUAUAGGGUUUAAAAGUCUGAUCACGUCAAGGAACUAACUGAACUAAAAGUUUAAGCUGAUGGUUGAGGUCUCGGGAUAUGUUAUAUAUUUUAACACUUAGGGAUGUUUGGUGCUUAGCUUUUACAUUGGUUUUUUGGUUGACUUUUGACUUAUUAGUUAGUCAAAUAGCCACAAAAAGUGUUUGAUAAAUGGCUGGAAAAAAGGUAAAGGUAAAGGUAAAAAACACUCCCGAUAUCUCGCACAAGGCUGAAAAAAAGGUAAAGGUAAACGGCUAGAAACCAGCUGAAAAGCUGGCUUUUAAGCCAAAAUAAAAAAGUUGCUCCAAUUAGUUUUUUUUGUUGGCUUUUGGCUUGUUAGUCUGCCUUUUCUCUAAUAAAUAGCCAACAACCAAUAUAAAUUUAUCAAACAUCUCCAUAAACAAUUGUCUUUUUCAGUUAACUUAAAAGCUAAUCAAAACAACCAAUAUUUUCAGCAUGUUAAACAAGCCAACUAAAAAGAUCAACUGCCAGUAGCCAAUUGCCAAACACUUGAUGAUCAUUUUUCAUCUUAAAAUGAAUUAGUAUUAGAUGGAAAGUCUGACUUCAUGUUAGGUUAUAUAUUCUUUAAUAAUUCUUUAAUAUGGGAUCAUCAUUGGGUAAUACUCUAAUUGUAGACAGUUAGCAUAUAAUCAUAAUUAUUCUAUGCAUUUCAUUGCUCUGAUGACAUCCUAAGUGGCGUUUGAGGAUCAUACAUAUAAUACUUCUACCUUUAUUAGUGAUAAUAACUAAAAAAUUAUUUUCAAUUAACUCCUGAUAUCAUCAGCAACUUCACAUGAAUAUGAAGUCUAUAUAUGCACAAAAAUCUUAUUUAGCGGUUAUCGUUAUGCACAUCUUAUAAAACAUAACUUUAGUAAUGAUCAUGAUUAAAAAUACGAUUUCGGUCACAGUAACAAUCGCAUAAUAGCUUUCUCGAACAAUGUGGAUGAUUUUGCUAUUGCAUCGAUCUAUAUUUUUGUUGUGACAAGUAAAAAAACUUUUACAAUACAGUUGUGAUAGGUUUUGUACCAAGGAAGAACUCAAGAUUUGAAAUGAAAUCAUUUUAUACUCAAAAAUAAUAAAACAAAAACAUCCCUUUAUACAAACAUCAUUAGAAUCUAGAUCUGUGAAGCUAGGCUACACUUUUGACCUGCAUCUUUUAGUAGUCAACAUUCUUCCAAAGUAAGAAGACAGCUCAGUUUUAUGGCCCUGAGUGCUUGGAAAAGAAAAACCGAAUAUGGUUCUUUUUUUAAUAAUUAUAAUUACAUUAAACCUAUGUUCUUUUUCUUUUUAAAAAAAUUAUGUUCUCAACAUUUUGAGUUUCUUAUUUACAUAAACAUAUGGGAUUCUGACAGAUAGGUUAUGAUUUUUUUCUUCAAAAAAUUCACAUAUUGAUUAUCUUUUGAAUAUUAGUAAAAAUCUAAAAGCUACCUUAAGUACAAUAAACGACUAAUAGUCAACUGAUUUAAGUACAAUAUACUUUUAGUUGUUUGAACCAGCCAACAUCUAUUAACCGAAAAAACCCGUAUAUAAUAGUCGAUUAGGUUUGGUACACAUACAAAAAUCGAAGAUUUGAUACAAUCUAUUUCAGUAUCAUGGAUUCGCCUCUGAGUUGCUAGAUUGAUACUUGUUUUUAGAGCAUAAGUAAGGAUGAAAAUUAUAUUCAUGCAGAGAAAAAAGAACAUGUACUUAGUUUUUUUAAAACAACAAAAAAAAACACAAAAGUUUGUGUAUG